AGCCAGACGGUUACUAUGGGAAUCAGACACAACACAAGGUUCAAGGUGACUUUUGUUUUUGUUGUGCGAGAGUUUCUCUGAUACAAAUACUUGUACUUCACACCAAAUUUUUUAAAUAUCAUUAAUUGAGAUGGCUGAUAACUAAUGAACAUUUUACAAACGAUAAUGGAAUUGUACAAGAAGAUUCUGUGUCUGGGAAGAGGUGGAGCAGCAGAAGUAUUCCUGAUGAAACACGCGGAGUCUAAGAGACUGCAUGCAGUGAAAAGAAUACAAGCAGACGACUCUCGCAAAACAAAGACCAAAGAGGCCAUCCUACAAGAAGCUGAAAUCAUCAGGAAGCUGAAUCACCCUCACAUAGUGACCUGCAGCGAGGCUCUCUUUGACUCAAAUGAUGGAUACAUCUAUAUAGUCAUGGACUACUGUGAUGGAGGGACACUGGAUGACAAAGUCAAGGAGAGAAAGACAGGGGACUAUUUCCCAGAGUGGAUGAUAAUGGAGUGGUUUGUACAGGUUACCAUGGCAGUCAGCUACAUUCACUCCGCUAGAAUCCUCCACCGGGACAUCAAAACCUCCAAUGUGCUUCUAACUAAGAGAGGCGUGGUAAAGGUGGGGGACUUUGGGAUAUCCAAGAUAAUGACCAACACAGUGGAUAUGGCUCGUACUUGUGUUGGUACCCCCAGCUACCUGAGUCCAGAGCUGUGUCAGGAUGUCCCAUACAGUUCGAAGUCUGAUGUCUGGGCACUGGGAUGCUUGCUGUAUGAGAUCUGUUCUCUCAGACCGCCGUUUGCUGCCUCGAACCUGCUCAGUCUGCUCUCUAAGAUCAUCAGAGGAGAGUACAGCCCUGUUCCCCAGACCUACUCAGACAGCAUCACCCCUCUGGUCCAGAUACUGCUCUGUCCGGUGCCUGAGGACAGACCUAGUGCUGGAGCCAUACUGGACAUGAUCUAUGUACGGGAACAUCUCAGAGAGUUUGUCAAGCACAGGCAGAUAGAGUUAGCAGUGUAUGAUAAUGUAGACUCCAGAUCCAUACCCCUCUCUAGUUGGGUCUGUGAGUGUGUGAGAACAUCUGGCUCUGUGAGUUCACCUGCAGAUAAGAGCAUGGCCGUGACUGCAGAAUGGAAGGAGGACAGCAGCACUGACAGUAACUCUGGACCACUUCCGCUCACACCUUCCUAUACAGGGGAAGAGGAGGGGGACAGUACAGAGCCCUGUCCCAGUGAUAAUGAGGAGGUAGAGGGUGAUGUGGUCAGCGUAGGCCAGUCUGACUACUCUGAGGACUUUGAUGACGACAACAGCUUGUCUUCCAUAGAGGAACACAGAGAGGACGAGGCAACCUCUACAACUUUUAACUCUGUCACGGAGGAUGUCUCUAUGGACGCUAAUGUGACCCCUGAAGUGGAGGACCCUAGUGAGUACCCGGAUGACUUUGAGGAGGAGGAAGACGAGGAUGUGAUGAUGGUGGUCCACUAUGCCGGCGCUGCUCUGGAGCUUUCUGCAGAGGGUGAUGGGGAGGAGUUUCAGCUGAGGGACGCAGGGGGUGUGGCUGUCACACUGAAGACUCUGAGAGACAGCUAUAUCAUGGAGGGCAUCGGCCCCUCUCUCUACGAGCAAAUCAGCGAACACUUUGAGAACGGUCUCAGCCCUCAAGACCAGCAGCCACACUUUAAACACACACUGGGGACCUGACCACCUGGAAAACUGCAAUCUCAUAUUCACUGUCAACCAAGAGGGUAAACUGUGUUAAAACAUUUAAAUGGUGGAACCAACCUCCAAACCUGGACUUCUGAUGCACCAUGACAUUACCUGUAGGCCUACGAUGCUAUCAGGCUUUUCAUUGAAACUGUGGAGGGGAAAAUACCCUGAGUUGCUGUGGCAGUUCACAGCCCAAACUGAUUUGAGGUUUCAUGACACCGGUAGCAAGUUAAAAGAUUAAAGGAGAUACCACCUUGAAGUGUGAACAUCUGUGGGUAAGACUGUGAGAACACCCUCCUUCAAAAUACCUUGAAGUGAAGUAAGCAGAAAUCUGAAGGGUUUUUGUUGGUUCCCUCCUGGAGGCAGUGAAACUGUAGAAGGUGCUUGAAAAAUAAAGAAAAUUGAUUCACUUACGA